AUGAAAAGCAAUGGAGCAGCCAAGAAGGAUGAGAAAGCGGCGGCGACGACGGCGAGAAGCAAGAGUGCGGACAGCAAGUGGAAGCAGAUGAACAAGGGCAUCGGAAACGUCAUGUCCAAGAGUUUACCCAGUUUUAACAAGGUAUUAGCAGCAAGGGCGGUUCAUGGAACACUUUGUGUGAAACUCUUUAGCCCCGAAGAUUUCUUGCAAUGUCGCUCUACCGAAAUCCAGCGUGAAACCCGCGGCCGCGACCUUUUCCAAUUUUGCACUGAAUUCACGCGCAGUGCGGUAGAGCGCGAUUGCCAGACUUCGGCGGCUGCAAUACGCCUAGUUGAUCUUACGAACUUCAGUGAGUUACUAUAGAAAUGGGAGAGGUCGUACCAAAAAAUUGUGAAUUUGAGAAAUCAUGUGGUAAAGCUUUGCAUUCUCUUUCUCCAAUGCUCCAAUCUACAAUAUCCCAUUUUCAGAACUCGACCGCCGCCGCAAAUGACAAGACGAGCGACACGAAAGUGGUCAUUGAUGACGACUCGAAGAAGAAGAAGAAAAAGAAAAAGAAGGACAAGAAUCUGGACGCAGAAGAGGUGCCGCAGCAGGAAGAUCCCGAAGUGCUAGCAGCCAAGGAGAAGGAGAAGAAGGCGAAAGUGAUGAUAGCGAAUCAGGACGCGCGAAAGAAGACAAUGUGGCGGCAUAUCGCGUGGCUCGUCAUCCUCUUCGCCUUUUCCUUACUCGGCGGAGUGGUUUUCAGUGCCAUCGAAGGUGAAUUGAUCUUCCAAGAUCCGACUCCGAGUUCCAAACGAAUAAAACGUACUUCUCCCAGACAUGUGGUCUUGCAGGUGGCUUCGAGACGACGCUACUCAUCAAAAAGUUCGAACACGACAAAGAUGUGUUCGAGAGACGGAAGAUUUAUCAAGAGCAACUCUUCCAGAGGUUCGCAUCUGUCUGCUCUUUGCUCUUUCUCUCUCUCUCUCUCUCUCUCUCUCUCUCUCUCCCUCUCUCUUUUAUGAUUGAUGGCUUCAGACUCCGCGAGAUCGAAGAGGACAACACGAAUCCACGUGGCACCGCGUCUCUCGAGUCCUUCAAGUUGGAUCAGGCGCGCCAGGCGCUGGAAUGGUACGAACAAAAGAUGGGCGUGACGAUCGAGGAGCCCCAAAUGCGGGAGACAAAGUGGAACCUGUGGGGUGGAGUCUACUACUCGGCCAGUCUGUACACGACCAUCGGCUACGGUAACUUCCAUCCGGAGACCAAGAGCGGACGGAUCAUUUCGAUGCUGUACGCUUGCAUUGGAAUUCCGCUCGUCUUCACGAUUCUCCUCGAAUGGGGAUUCUUGUAUUUCACGUGGAUUGAGUACGCCUGGAAUCGGUUCAAUGAGAAUUUCUGUCAAAAGUGAGUCGGAGAACUUUCGGAUAUAAUCCACAACUUCAUUUAUACACCAUCUCUUACUUGCGUGUUUUCAGAAGUUUGCAAAGAGACAUGCAACGUCGAAUACGUCGCGAACGAAUCCGUCGCGUCGGCAGUGAGCUCUCACUCUCCUCGACCUCUCCGCUGCUCCACAGGACCACUACACAACUAUCGAACCCUGUACAGCAUGUAAGAAGCAUGUUCUUUUCCAUUUUCCGUUUCAAAUUUCCCGUUCUUCAGAUAGAAUCCAACCAUCCACUGGCGCCACUGGACGUCGACGUUCCGAUGGGAGAACAAGUGCAAACAGUCCCCAUCAAAUCGGCAGCUAUAUUCUUCUUCCUCUGGAUCAUGAUCUCCGCGUUCAUUGUCAGACUCUGGGAGUACGAAUGGACCUACUUCACCGCCUUCUACUUCUUCUUCACCUCCCUGACGACCAUCGGACUUGGAGACGUCGUCACCAAAACUCCCAACUUUAUCAUUUUCAAUCUGGCCAUGACCCUCAUCGGUCUAUCGGUUGUCGGUCUGUGCGUGGCGAUUGUCCAGGCCAAAGUCAAGUUGGUAUUCGAUCGGAUGCUGCGGAGCAUCGACGCGCAGUACCGCAUCCGUCAGGUGGAUCCGCACGUCGCCACGAUGAGUAUUGUGGAGGACGAGGAGGAGGGCGUGAAGCGGUUGAUCCAGUCGCAGUCGCUCGAGGACCGCAUCAUCUUUUUGUUCGUCGACGAGCACAAAAAGUCCAUGUUGAAGGAGCGGUGGAAGCAGAAGAGUUCUAUGGUUAACAGGUGAGCUUAGUGGGCAUGAACUAUCCUAGCCGAUCCCUUCAGAAUAACCCAAACGUAUCCUUCAAAAGCCGACAAGUACGUACAAACCGGUCAACGCGUCUACGAUCAGCGUCAAGGCGGAUCGGAGAGCGAGUACGACGAGGACGAAGAGGACGAGGUGGAGUACGACGAGCUGGGCAACAAAAUCGUGUUGCCGCCCGUCCGACGCUACAUUUAUACCGUUUUUGAUUAG